AUGUCGGACAAAGGUUCUAUAUGCCAAGCCGUAGGACUAUACAUCGCCAUGAUUUUAGAUGACUUGAAGACCCCUAAUCCCACAUACGACAUCCUAGGGGGUGGCUCCAGGAUUGGUGGUCGUGUAUACACUCAUCACUUUGGCGAUGAGCCGCACGACUACUACCAUACCGGCGCUAUGCGGUAUCCUGAUAUCCCAACUAUGAAGCGUACUUUAGAACACUUCAAGCUCACCAAAAUGCCCCCGAUUUCAUAUUAUCCGGAUGGCGAAUCCAACUGUCCGCGCACGUUUGGUGCCCGCCUCUUAAAUCCGGAUAUGGCGGACCUGUAUCAUGCCAGCAAGAAGAACGGCGGCUGUAUACCGAACGAUUUAUAUAAUAACUUCGAUAUCGGUUUUGCCGAGCUUGUAACUGUUGACAACUUUAGUACUCGGGAGUUCCUUAGACGAGGUAAGUCACAUGGAGGGCUGCGUCGGUAUGACUUCUCUACUCGGUGGAUGGUGACUUGGAAUACGUCGACCGACUUGUUCGAUCGGGCCUUUCCCGAGAGCGUCGUAGAUUCGUUUGGCCUUGACAACCCUAGGAUGGAGAUAAGAAUGUGUACCUGGACGAGCAAGCAAGUUGACGCUGCUAAUAUCGACCGAAGACCACAUGAAGAGGACAACAUGUCGGUUAAGUAUAAUACUAACGAGGAGACAUCCCGUCAAGGAUACUGCACCGUGUUUAGUGCCUUGUUGCUGGGCUGCUUAGGACGUGUUGAUUUGCAUAGGCUUGAGUUGCACCCGUACCAGAAGGCCGCAACCCGUAGACUACACUACGAUAACUCUGUCAAAGUAGCACCUAGGGUUAAGUAUCCUUGGGGUGUUGCCUCGACAGACUUACUGUUGUGCACUUUUGUCUAUCCGUCCUAUAACCUAAACGAUGGUGCCGAUAAGCCAGCGGUACUACGUCUUGGAUUAUUAGUUGGCGAGGAUGAGUUGAUCGAGCUAAUAUUGCGUGACUCGGCCUCGAUACACUCACAGCACAUAACCAACUUGUACCCGCACCUGGCCUGGCCGACUGCUGAUAGCAAGUUCCAUAUCUUACCCUAUCCCUUUGAUAUAUGGGAAUAUAUCAUCAAAUUGGAACAGUACCGGGGUAAAGCAACUGGGGUAGCCGACUCAGAAGUCGUGAUGAACGGAACCGUACAUUUACAAGUUGCAUUGGGGAGGCCUCGUAAAGAGGAUUAA